CCGUUGGCCUCGCCAUGACGAGGGAGGUGCUUGUUGAAAGACGAGCUCUUGCUGAGAACCUGAAAAAAUUGCAGGAGCAAAUCCCAAGAGCUGCAUCCAGCUUAACUGCUCUUCAGAAAGAAUGCAGACUCCUCAGAGAAAAGAGAGAGGAGGUGACAAAGGUCGCGGAUGUCGCGGAGGAGAGAGUGAAAAUCCCACUUGAGAAGGAGAAGGCUAUCAACUGCAACGAGUGCAGUAGGACCACCUGCGAAUACCCCGCAUCGAUUUCCAAACCAAGGGACGUCAAGCACUGCCAUUGUAUGACCCGGAACGAACAGAAGAAGAUGAUAUGCAGUAAAUGUGGCUGCUCCUGGAGGAGUCACUCUCUGGAUGCCAAACGCUACGAAGAAAAGUCGAUAUUCAGGAGUAAAACUCAAGAAAACUCGGAGAGAGUUACUGAACAUAUUAAGACCCAAGUGAAUCUUGAGAAGAAAGUCUUGGAACUUACCACUAAAAUUAAGAAAAAUCAGGUACAGUUGUUCGCCCAGAUCCAGAAGGCUCAUAAGACCACCGCCCGUCUGAAGGAAAUUGCUCUAAACCCAAAUCCUUUGACAAUGGAAGAGUACAUCGAAUUCCUGAUAGAAGCAGAGAGAAAAGGUGCAGAAGAUGGAUUUAAGAAUCGGAUCGCGCACUUAGAGGAAGCCAAGAGAGCAUCUGCUGUAUGCAAGCAGAUCUUAGAUGAAAAUGGCUCCAAUGAAGCCAUCAUGCCUAACGUCAUGACCAUACUGGAGAAAGAAAAUAUCGAUUUUGAGACGCUGGGGGUCGUGGAAACUCCAGGUGCUGCAAUGCACCAGCCAAACAGCAUGGUGGGAACUCUUAAGGCUUUCUUCAUCUCCAUCCUUGGGAGGAACUCAAGGAAGACAUGA